UUUAUUUUUUACACGUGUAUAAUGUUUUCUUAAACUCUCAUAUAAAAUCAAAAUUCAAAAUAUAAUCGUGUUUCAUCCCAAUAUAGUAGGUGUGGAUGAACACUUGCUUUGCUUCUGUUGACUCCAUGAAAGCUUCUCUAUUUACCCAGAUUCCGCUUCCCAUGGCCACCGUUAAGAAGACAGUUCGCGUAGCGGCUGCUCAGAUGACAUCUGUCAAUGAUCUGAUGGUCAAUUUCAACACAUGCUCUCGUCUCAUACAAGAAGCAGCAACGGCCGGAGCAAAGCUGAUUUGCUUCCCUGAGAACUUCUCCUAUAUGGGAGAGAAAUCAGGAGACAGCGUAAAAAUCGCCGAAGCAUUAGACGGCCCAGUGAUGCAACAGUAUUGCUCUCUCGCCAGGGAUUCAAAAAUAUGGUUGUCUCUUGGAGGCUUCCAAGAGAGAUUUGAUGAUACUCAUUUGUGUAAUACACAUGUUGUGAUCGAUGAUGCUGGGAUGAUUCAAAGCACUUACCAGAAAAUGCAUUUGUUUGAUGUUGAUGUUCCUGGUGGAAGCUCGUACAAAGAAAGCAGCUUUACGGCUCCAGGGACAAAUAUUGUUUCUGUAGACAGUCCUAUUGGGCGCUUAGGCAUUACUGUAUGCUAUGAUUUGAGGUUUCCUAAGAUUUAUCAGCAACUGAGAUUCGACCAGAACGCUCAGGUCAUAGCUGCUGCUCAAGCUGGAAAACAUAAUGAGAAAAGAGAAAGUUAUGGAGACACACUGAUCAUUGAUCCGUGGGGAACUGUAGUUGGAAGAUUACCUGAUCGGUUUUCGACUGGCAUUGUCGUUGUUGAUAUUGAUUUUUCACUACUCGAUUCGGUGAGAACAAAAAUGCCUAUUGAUAAGCAACGAGUGUCCAUAGAUCUCUGAAGAACCCUGAUAGGACUUAUACGAGGGUAUCUAAGGAGACAUUCUGCAAGGAAACAAGGUGAAGAAGAUUGUUUAGACCUACAUACAUAAGAAUUGCAAGUAGAUUAGGGGUUGAGAUAUUGACUUCUUGAUUGGUAAGAAUGCAAGAUAAAACCUCUUGAUUGAUUUUAAGAAGCUUGAAUUUAAAAUCUCCAAAACUGCCAUUAUAUUCUGACACAGAAAAGUUCUUUAUCUUGCUUAUUGAUACAUUCAGGUUUUAACCCAAAUAAAAGACUGCAAGUGUACAGACAAUCGUAGUAGUAUAGAUGACAUCGAAUCCACAGAGACCAAGGUUACACUAUAAUUUUUAAGUGUGAAACUAAGCUAAGACAAUGAUAUGGUUUGUUCGAUGCAUUGUAAAACAAAAAUAGCAAAUAAACGGUGGGAAGAUCAAUUAAAACAGGCGGUAGGUCAAGAGUAAUUCGCAUGAUUCAGAGAUUAUGAACCCGACAAUUAUUUAUUGAACAAAUAAGCACAGUCUUGGACUCAAACAUGAUUGUAUGACUAAUCC